CAUAACGGGCCACUUUUUUCUUUGUAGUUUCUUUUCAAAUUGAGGGUUUGGUUGUUUGCUGCCCUGACAUAAAAGGAAUUCAAGUUUUUUAAAUGUGAUAUCAACUUCUCUGAAAUUGUAUCCGAUCUAAACAGAGUUACAUUAGAAAAUGGAGGUAAAAAUGUGUCCAAGAAAUUAAACUCAAGGGACAGCACGUUUACAGUUAUUGCAGAUUGAUAGAAUGUCAUCUACAGCCCAUCUGAAUCAAAAUCUCAGAGCACUCAGUCAAGAGGGGUACCUGAAAGAGACACUACAUAUUCUGCUCACCACGCACAAACCUCCUGUGGACUCCUCUACAUAUCUAAAUAUAUUACAGGCUUGCAUUGCCAAGAAAAAUAUUUCAGAGGGUAGGCAAAUCCAUUCGCACAUCACUCACAGAGGCUCUACAUUUGCUACACAUCCACUUUUACAAAAUACUCUCAUCAACAUGUAUGACAAGUGCGGAAGUUUGCAAGACGCCCGCAAUGCUUUUCACGACAUGAAUGAUCCAAACGUUUUCUCGUGGAAUCUGAUAAUUGCAGCCUGCCGAAGGCAUGGUUCUCCUAUAGAGGCAUUGACAUUGUUUCACCAAAUGCAACGAACAGCUGUACAACCAGAUAACUUCACCUUCUCCGCUAUACUGCCUGUAUGUGCCAGCCUCCUAUCUCUUAAACACGGUUUAGAGAUUCAUGGAAAGAUCUGUAGACAUGGAUUUCAGUCUGAAAUUAUUGUGACGAAUACGCUGUUAGACAUGUACGCGAAAUGUGGAAGCAUGCAGAAGGCACGCGAAUUGUUUGACAAAAUGCGUAGCCUAGACGUGUUCUCUUGGAAUGCAAUGAUCACUGGAUAUGCACAAAAGGGUGCUGUUGACGAGGCUUUUAGGUUUUUCGAACAAGUGCCUGAGCGAAAUGUGGUCUCCUGGACUGCAAUCAUUGCUGGGUAUGCACAAAAUGGGUUUGUUGAUAAGGCCUGGGAGAUUUUUAAGCAAAUGGAAUUGGCAGGUGUGGAACCUAAUUCGGCAACCUUUUCCAGCAUACUACCCGUUUGUGCGAAAAUGGGAACUCUGCAGGAGGGUAUGGAGAUUCAUUUAAAGAUAGCAGAAAGUGGACUUUUAUCACAUGUUGUUGUUGUGACGGCGCUGAUCGAUAUGUAUGCAAAAUGUGGAAGCAUGCAGAAGGCACACGAACUGUUUGAUGAAAUGCCCCAACGAAAUGUAGUCUCGUGGACUGCUAUGAUUGCUGGAUAUGCACAAAAUGGGCUUGUUGAUAAGUCCUUGGAAAUUUUUAGGCAAAUGAAAUUGGCAGGUGUAAAGCCUGAUUCAUCAACCUAUGUUAGCAUCCUCCCAGCUUGUGCGAAACUUGGAGCUUUGGAAGAGGGUAUAGAGAUCCAUCAAAAAAUAAUUGAAAACAGAUUAAUGUCUGAUGUGGUUGUGACAGCCCUCAUAGACAUGUAUGCCAAAUGUGGCAGCAUACAUAAGGCUCGUGAGUUGUUUGAUAAAAUGUACCAUCCAGAUGUGGCCUCAUGGAAUGCCAUGAUUGCAGGAUAUGCAAUGCAUGGCUAUAGCGAGGAUACCCUCAAACUCUUUGAACUGAUGAGGCACUCUGAAACCAUCCCCAACCACAUAAGCUUUCUGAGUGUUUUAUUUGCGUGCAGCCAUGCAGGACUAGUGGAUGAUGGGUGUGAAUACUUCAGUAGCAUGAGUUGCUCAUAUUCUAUAAUGCCUACAAUGGAUCAUUAUGUAAGCAUGGUUGACCUAAUCGGGCGUGCUGGGUAUCUUGAACAAGCUCUAAACUUUAUUGUCAAAAUUCCAUUAAAACCUGAUGUGGUUGUAUGGAUAUGUUUGCUUGGUGCUUGUAGAUCGCAUAAGAGUGUAGAACUAGGAGAAUUUGUGGCCACACUCCUUUUUAAGUUGAAUCCAAACAGUGCUGCACCUUAUGUUCUUCUGUCAAACAUUUAUGCAGAUGUAGGCAGGUGGGGUGACAUUCAAAAGACAAGAAAAUUGAUGAAAGGUAAAGGAAUUAAAAAGAAACCUGGAUGUAGUUGGAUUGAAGUUCAUAAAUUGGUGCAUGCUUUUUCUGCAGGAGACAGAUCACACCCGCAAACUCAUGAGAUAUAUGCAAAGUUGGAGGAAUUGUCCUUGGAGAUGAAGACAGCAGGUUAUAAUCCCGAUACAAGAUCUAUAUUAAAUGAUAUGGAGGAGGAGGAGAAGGAAUUACUCCUCUGCCACCAUAGCGAGAGGUUGGCAAUAGCAUUUGGGUUGUUGAACACUUCCUCUGGAACAACUAUUAGAGUUGUCAAGAACCUUCGAGUAUGUAGUGAUUGUCACACUGCAACCAAAUUUAUCUCCAAGAUUGUUGGAAGAGAAAUUGUAGUGAGAGACGCAAACCGUUUCCAUCAUUUUAAGCAUGGACAAUGUUCUUGUGGGGAUUAUUGGUGAUGCUUUCGCAAGCAAGCUAUAAACAUAGCGCAUGGAAGGAAUCGGGUUCUAAAAUUUCACUGUUUCUGAAUGUUCAGAUAGAUAAAUCAUGCUUCAGACUCGAUGAGAUGAUACUAUAUAUCAUGCAUCUCUGCUUAGAUAAACUGAUUGGGUAUCUACCCUAUGAUAGAAAUUGUGAUAUUGAGCGAUUUUUCAGCGAGUCUUCACCGCUCUGGACCAAAAAGGUGGAAGUGGCAGAACAAUGGGAAAUGCAAAAAUGAAGAAAUGCUUUAAGAAAAUGGAAAGCUGAUCAUCGACGAAGAGAUGUGAGAGAAGGGCUUACAAUCUAACUAAGCCUGGAAGCGAUGAGGAGAGCAUAUGUUCAUGGUAAUUCAUCCCUACCUUUCUCAUUUUCUGUGAUCUUUUUGUUUGGGCUUGUCGUUAAGUCUGCUGUAUGGGCUUAAAUUAGAAGCGUGAAAAUGGGUAUGUCAAUCUACGUGGAAGGGCUUAAUAAACCAGUUUGAUCUCAUUGCAUGGGCCGCCUGGGCAGAGGAAUCAUAUGAUGGAUUCGGCCAAACCUCAGAAAUUCACAUCGUGUACUUUGUAUAGCAUUAUACAAAUCUAUUCCACAAUAUAUCUUUAAACACCAUAGGUAAAAUUCUAGCAAACCAUCCUUCUGGAGAUGACUUCCAGCAGGUCGAAUUUGGAAGACUGCUUGUGUCUUAUUCGGAAUCAAUGUGUUUCACAAAAAUGGGCAGCCUUCCGAUAAGAGCAUGAGGGCUUGUAACACCCAGUGAAUGUAGAUUUGCACAAUUUUUUGCCCUUUAUUUUCAUGGGAUGGUAACAAAAUUUUCCCAUGAAAUUAGACCAUCUUCUGGUCAGGUUAACUGUUAGAGGCUACCGUUCAACUCUGGUUGCUGGAAUUCCUUCUGAAGAGGGGUGAAAAUCUUCCGGAAGGUUUAUGGUUUUUCCAAAGAUCUCUUUUAUUAUUCGUGUAAAUCUGAAUUUUGACUAGGCAUAUAAUAUAGGUAAGUUUCUUUUGCAACACCUAUAAUGUUUGUAAAUGGAAAAUAAUUAAAACAUCUAAAAGAAUAGUCGCAGACUUGUAAUAUGCAUCCACAUCCCCAUUACUUUGAGAGCUGGUAUGUUUGUGUCACUCGCUCUUUUGACUUUAAAUUUGACUGCAAAAAACCAUUGUCUCAUCACCUUCUUCGAAACCAUUUUCUAUUUUGCUGUGAUAAGCUCUGUUCCUGAAGCCAUGGAGACGUCUCCUUUCAACAAAAGAAUAACUAUCCCAACUCCCAAGGCCAAAUAUCUAGAGUCGAGGGUGAUAACGAAGGAGGUGCUGAAGAAUGUUUUCUACAUGGAUUGUGGUCGAGUUGAGAAAGCCGUACGAGUGGUACUUGGGGAAGAUAUUCUGUAAACUCUUCCCCGAGAUUGGUUUAACCCAAAGGCAAUGCACUUCUUGGGGGUUUGUUCUCUCACUCUGAUCUGCAAAAGAAAUGGGGUUACUUAUAUUUAUGUAGCCAUUAAAAGACCACUCUAUGAACAAGGGGAAGCAAUUUUGGCUCAGGCCAUAACUACACACGAGAUGGAAUUAGGGGUGGUCCUCUGUGAUAAAAUUGUGGAGGUCUUUAGAGCUUGGCUCUGUCUGCCCCAGCAUUUUUCCUACUCUCCCGUUCGUCAUCAGCCUACAAACCAGGAAGUUCAUUCGGGCACAAACAGGUUAGCCCCUCAAGCAAUCAGAAUGUUGCACUCUGCAUUUUUUGGAGGUUAUACAUUUCUCAGGGAAUCCUUUAUAAAAUCUGAUUAUUAUCAUUUUGUGUUUUGCAAUUUUCGCUAUGUAUGUAUGUGUAAUUCAGCCUUAUACAAGGUUUACCAAGCAAAAUCUAUUGGCCUAUCGAUAAAUGUAUUUUGGCCUUCUUCAAAGUAUCACAAGGUGAAUUCAGGAUUACAAUUUCACCUUUUCGCUACCAUUUUGCUUAUAUGGCAAGCUUGUAUGUAAUCUCU